AUGGCUUCCAAAAAUGAGUUUGCUGCAAACUCGGUAUUGGUUAGCUAUUUUGAUCCAUUUGAUGUCUUUGAUGCUCUAAAUGAACAAUUUGUGGAAGCUUUUCCACUCCAAAAUAUACAUUGGAAGGCGCCUAAUGGUGGUUUGAGAACGAUAGAGAUGGUACCCGUCUCUCUUUUAACAGAAUCAAAGGCACUUGAAUCAGAUACUGCAGCUUCUAGGCUCUUUUUAAGGUUUGCAGCAGUUAAUUGCAUUUCCGCGGACGAUUAUAGAGCCAAGGUUCGUCCAUUGAUAAGGCAGUGGCUUCCUGUUAAUGAAAAUGGACUCUGGAAAGAGGAUUUGUCACAUUACCCGAUGCCCAUCAUUCUGCUGUAUGCUAAUUCAGAGGUCGUAGAUUCGAAACUUUUCAAGUCAACUUUACUCAUUGAUAAAUUUGCCAAGGACUUUCCCAACGUUAAAGUGCUUGAGCUCAAAUCUGUGUACAAAUCACCUAAAGAGAAGAAAGAAUUCUGGGGCCAGAUUGUCCAGCAUUUGAAAUCUUUUGUUCUGAACGUUUUUCAGAAUAGAUUGACGACCUAUCAGGCCCAAUUGAGUAGCAUGAAUAAAGAUACGCAUUGGGUAGAGCAAGUACGCUGUAGGGAAAAUAUAUUGGAGCUAUACAUGGCAAUGAAUUUGUAUGAUGAAGCUACAAAUGAGUUGAGAGAGAUAAAACAAUGCAUUACGGAGCAUACCAAAAGCGAGCUAUCGAGCGGCACUUUAGAGGUUCCUUUCAAAUUCUCUUGUGAGACACCAAGCCUGGCCAAAUUAAGUGAUGUGCUUUCGGAUGGGAUGCUUACGAAAUACCACUCUCUCAAAUAUUUCUUCGUGAAUGAGUUCCAACUGCUCGCACAAGAUGAUGCAAAAGAGGUGGAUUUCCUGAGGAUGUACAGAUUGAUCAGCUUCUUCCUUCAUUCAAUCGAACAAAACUUCAUUACAGAAGCCAAUAUUCUGGAGUUUAAGUGUUCUUUUCUAGACCAUAUUCUGGAACGACUGCCGCAUACAAAAUCUACUAUGGGCGUGCAAAUAAGAGCAGAGCUCGUUCUGGCAAAGCGUGACUGUUGGAUCCAGGGUGUGCUUGCAUGUACAGAAUUUACUCUGAUAUCCAAGCAAAUUUCAAUUGAUAGGGAUGCUUACACUUUUGGAAGUCUAAAAGAAACAUAUUCUGACGAAGCUACUUUUCAUGAAAACUACUUGAAGCUUACGAAAAAAGCACUUUCUUUGUUUAAUCAAUGUGGUCGAAAGCGUCAAAGGACAGUUGAUAUCUUGUCUAUUGAGAUUGGUGUUCUGCACCAUCAGAGAAGAGAACAUGACAAAGCAGUUUCUUUAUUUCUUUCGUGCUAUGAAUAUUACAUGGAGUCGAAGUGGGACGUAAUUGGUUUGAAGCUGCUCAAGAUAUUUGUGGACUCUUUAAUGAAUUGCUCUGGGUUGAACGAGCUGAAGAUUGAUGACGAGGCUGUACCAGUUUCAAUAAUCUUGAGCAACGCAUAUCUGAAUAUUCUCAGAACUUCCUAUAAUGAUAGCGAGAGGAGGCGCUGGUGGCAAAAGUUUUUACAGUUGAGCCGUGAUCGACCAACAGGUCUAGUUUAUGCCACAGAUGGUUUAUUUCAUGUUCAUACAACGGAUCAUGCAUAUCUUUCGCAACCUAACACUCUUAGCAUUGAUGUUUCUAUCGACAAUUACGGAAUUCCAGAGGAUCUUAAGGCUGAUGCUGUUACACUUACAUUCAAGAACUCAGAUGACUUCUUUGUGCAUUUUCAGCUACUAAAUGUUGUACUUGUUGAAAAUGAGAAAAUUUUAACACUUAACGCUACUGAAAUUGCGUACGGUGAUUUCAAACCAGUAUCUCUUGAGAUCGAUAUGGGUAGUACAACAUUUGUUAAACAGUUCCUAGAUGAUGCAGUGCCUGGUAUCCGAAUCGAGCAUUCGUAUGAUGCCCAGAGUGUUACGCUUGCAAUUGAACAGGCAAGAGAGUUAAAUUUGGGAGACUAUGCAUUAGAACUAUCGUGUGUUAAUCAUGAUAAAAUCGCUUCCUCUGAGGCCAUCAUUACUGCGCAAAAGCACGAUCAGACAUCAGCAUGCCCUUUAAGCUUUAGCCCGGAUAGCGAUAUCAUAUGCGAGAAAAUUACAAAUGUAAAUGAGAAGGUACUGAUACGCUACUAUCCGAAGGAAUCAAUUAGUUCUUUCACACUUCACGUCGUAUUCUCAUUCACCAAGACCUCGGGUGCAAGUAAGUUUUCCGAAACGAGUGUAGUAAAGAUUGGUUGUUAUCUUCCUGUCUCUGUAUCAGUGGAGGACAUAUUCAAGAGAGACAUGCUAAUUUUCAAAUUUCUCCUUGGUUCUUCCACUACAGAGGAGCCUAUCAUUAUGAGUGGCACCAAACUAUUGCCACCUAUUCCUGAAGAUAGAUACUCCAUAUCUGGCGGUUAUAGUCCAGACUCACCAUUGUAUCUAUCAGCAGAUCCCGAAGAGAAUUGCCUGAACUGUUACCAGAUAACCACUUCAGACUUUUUCCAGUCAACAGAUACCUUCAGUCUACACAUUACAUAUAACACGCUUAAGGAGCAAUUGGAUGCUCUAGUAACAGAUGCAGUGUUAGUUCAAGGUGAUGUCGAGUGGUACAAAAAGUUCGAGGCUUGGAGCCUGGUAUGGAAGCUAUGCGUCCUGCCUUUGCUUUGCUAUCAAUAUGAUGCGUUCCGAGCUGGUUUAAUUAUUCAGCUGGUAAAAGAUUCAAUAAACCUAAAAGAAUUUGGUAAUCUUUUCCGGAAGAUAUCCAUGAACCGCGAUGUCAGUGAAACAAUCAUACAUUGUUUAAGUCGACUGGUUAAAGGUGUUCGACUGUCAGAAAUUGAUAUUAGUGCUUAUUCGAAAAAUGUUGUGCCAAGGAAGCUGAUUGUGCCAGUAGAGCUACCUAGAUUUGAGCAGUUCUUCUACGUGGAGUUUAAGAAUAAGAAAGCCUCUGAAUACGAACUUGGGAACCCCAUUGAAGUCACAAUUGAGAUUGAGAGUUUGAAUCAAACAUGGGGACAAAAUGGUUUAGCCGGAUCUUUUGUGUUUGAAGUGGCUAGUAGCAAUGAAUGGCUGGUUCAUGGAAAGAAAAGAAUGCGUAUCCCUUCGGAGAAGUCAGAGGUUCACUUGCAUAUAAUUCCACUUAAACGGGGAUACUUGCAUUAUCCAAAAGUGGAUAUUAUCAACAUAGAUUCCGACGAACCAAGCAGAAUUGACUAUACAAAUUAUUACGACACUCUCUUGGUGUUUUAG